ACCAAGCAGGAUAAAAUCUACAAGUAAUGUCAUAAGGUGUGUUUGAUAUUACUUAGAAUAUUUCAAUGGUAUCAAAAUAAUAUAAAAUCACUGAAACUUACUGAAUAAAAUGUCUACCAGUAUAAAUCAGAAAGCGUAUUUGCAAAAAUAUCUUGGCGGUCCAUCGGGAGACAAGAAAAAGAAGAAGAAAAAGGCUAUUAAAGGCACUGGAUUACAAAUAAUAGACGAUGAUAUAGACCUAUCAAAGCUCCGCACGUUAGAUGGAGAUGAGCUGGACGUGUUUGAUCAGGGUGAGGACGCCCCUCAGAUAGCCGGUAUCAUUGAUGACAGACCUGAGGAGGUGAAGAAAGCGGAGCAGUUCAGCUCCAGCUCCAAAUGGAAGGUUAUUAGUCAGGACGAUGGCUUCAACAGUAAACUAGAAGUUGAGGAGAUAAAGAGUAACAUAAAACAGGCAGAGAAAGAAAAUGAACUGAUAUUUGGUAAAAUGUACAGUGAUUCAGAAGAUGAGAAGAAAAAUGAUUCUGAUCUCUCACCGCCAAGGAAACAGGAUCGAGACUCAAAGAGCAAAGCUUCAAAACCUUCCAAGAAACAUGAUAGCGAUAGUGACUUUAGUCCCCCUAGGAAAAGAGAUGGAAAGUCUCCUAAAAGGAGAGAUGAUGACAGAUCUCCUAAAAGGAAUGACAAAUCACCCAAAAGAAAUAGAUCUCCGAAUGGUAGGCAUGAUAGAUCACCCAAAAGAAGAGGUGACUCUCCCAAAAGGAGUGACAAGUCUCCCAAAAGAAAAAGUCGAGACAGAUCCCCUAAAAGAAGAAGUAAGUCUCCUAAGCGAAGAAAUGACGAUAGAUCACCAAAAAGUCGCAAAAAUGACGCGAAAUCAUCCCCUUCUAGGUCUGAAAAACCUAAAGAGAGGGUUCGUAAGCCCAGCCGAUGGGGAGAUUUCAGCCCAGAAGACCGAUCACAGUCUUCAAAAGUCGAUCAUUCUCCCAAAAGGACUGAGUCGUCAACUGCUAGAAAAGCGAGAAGAGACUCAGAUGCCUCACCGCAGAGGAAGUCCAAAAAGAACUACGAUUCAGAUCAAUCUCCACCUAGGAAGUCGAAGAAAAAACAUGAUACACCGCCAAGGAAAUCUAGAAAAGAUUAUGAUUCUGAUGCCUCACCACCACGGAGAGGUAAAGAUUCCAAGAAGAAUAGAUCACCAGAAUUCUUGUCUCCAUCAAAAAAAUCUGGACGAGUUUCUCCCCAACGUUCAAGUCAUAAGGACAGAUAUGACAAACAAAGUAGUUCUAAGUCAGACAAGUAUAGAAAACAGAGACAUUCCUCGGAUUCGGAUCUGUCUCCACCGAGGAAAAAUAAGAGACAAAAAUCUCCAUCACCAUCGAGAAAGAAUAGAAAACCUCAUGAAAAUAAUAAGAGAAAAUAUAACAGUGAUUCGGAUCAAUCUCCUCCUAGAAAAGAGAAAGACAGGAGUGCUGCAGAAAGAGAUAAAAGGAGAAAUGAUAGUCCUCCCCCCUCUAAUAAGAAAAUGGCUAAGACUUUGGAAGGCAAAAUGGCUGGUUUGCAAGAUGCUAAGCAAUUGAGGCAAGAGAAUGAAAGCUUUAGGAAAAGGGAGGAAGAAGUAUUUAGUAAAAUGACUGACGAAGUCUCUGGGAGGAAUGCUCAAGUUGUUUCAAGAAAAAGCAAACGAGAGACAUCAGAGGAAAGGCAAAAGCAAAAAGAGAAAGCGGAGCGACAGAAAGAAUUAGAUGAGAAAUACAAGAAAUGGACUAAAGGUAUAAAACAACUAGAAGACCAAGAGGCUCGCGUGCAAGAGUUUAUGCACGAGUCGUCUAAACCUCUCGCCCGACUCAGGGAUGAUCAGGACUUGGAACAUAAUCUGAAACAAGUGGAGAGGGACGGGGACCCCAUGCUCAAGUAUAUGAGGGACAGGAAAAGGGAACGGGGAGAGUUGGGGCCAGAAAAACCAAUGUACAAAGGUAAUUUCCCGCCGAACCGGUUCAACAUUCGUCCCGGCUACCGCUGGGACGGAGUGGACCGCUCUAACGGUUACGAGAAGAAAUACUUCGAACAACAAAGCAAACGCAAGGCUCAAGAAGAAGAAGCAUACAAAUGGAGUACAGAAGACUUGUAAAUUAUACUCUAAAUCUACGGAUAUUAGGACGCAUUUUGCAUGGCACGUCAAAUGUGUAGUAACUUAAUUAUGUAUUAUGUAAAGUUGUAAAUACUUUUUUAUUAAUGAAAUAAAGUUGUUAGUGGAUGUGUA